UGGACUCGGCCGGGGUGGCGGGUCUGUGUCAGGUGAUCUGAGGCGAGGAGCCGCUGCCGCCCAACCGAAGCCGCAGCUGCUGCCGCCGCCGCCGCCAAGCCCGGAGGACAAGGAGGAGGACGGAGGAGAGGGGAGGAAAAUGCAAAAUGGCCUGCCGGCGGCAGCGGGACUGUGAGGAGCGGCUGCUCGGCGCGCCCUCCGCGGCCCUGACGAGCGGGAACCACGGCGAGCGGUGAAUUCCUCCCGCCUUCCCCGCCGCCAGCCCAGAGGCGCGCCCUGCUCGUCCAUCCCCUGGAGGGACAGCCAGACAUGGGGCUGUGCUACAGCCUGCGUCCGCGGCUCUUCGGCGAAGCCGGCACAGGAGGAGGAGGCGGCAGCAGCGGCGGCGGCGGCUCCCUCUCCAGCACCACCGCCACCGCCUCCGAGACGGAGCCACAGCCGUCGCCGCCACCGCCCACAGCCGAGCCCUUGACCCGGGCGCCGCCGCUCUUCGGAGUCCAGGCCAGGGGAGGAAGAGGAGGCAGCGCGGGGAAAAGAGGCAGCGGCGGCGAGGGGGAAGGCGCCGGCGGCAAGCCACGCAGGGGGGACUCGGCGGGAGACGGGCCGCUGGUGCUCCUGCAGAACGGAGGGGGAAAUGGGGCGGCUCCCCGGGAGAAAGAGAGCGAACGGCCGCCUGCUCAGGCCAAGCCAGGCGCUGGCUCCAUCGCCAAGCCCCAGACGCUGGCCUUGCAGAGGCCGUGGGAGAAGGUGCGCUUGGAGGAGCGGGAGGCGGAGAAGGAGGCGAGGCGAGUCAGCAAGAGCAUCGACCGGGUGCUCAAGGAGCAGAAGCGCGAAUACAAGCAAACGCACCGCCUGCUGCUGCUGGGAGCUGGUGAGUCAGGAAAAAGCACUAUUGUCAAGCAAAUGAGGAUCUUGCAUGUAAAUGGAUUUAAUUCAGAAGAAAAGAAGCAGAAAAUUCUGGAUAUUCGGAAAAAUGUAAAAGAUGCAAUUGUGACUAUAGUUUCAGCAAUGAGCACUUUAAUACCUCCAGUUCCAUUGGCCAACCAAGAAAACCAAUUCCGAGCAGACUACAUCAAGAGCAUAGCCCCACUUUCUGACUUUGAGUACACACCGGAAUUCUUUGAACAUGCAAAAAAGCUCUGGGACGACGAAGGAGUAAAGGCGUGUUUUGAGAGAUCAAAUGAAUACCAACUGAUUGAUUGUGCACAAUACUUUUUAGAAAGAAUAGACAGUGUCAGUAUGCCCGACUACACACCCACAGAUCAGGAUCUUUUAAGAUGCAGAGUUUUAACAUCUGGGAUUUUUGAAACAAGGUUCCAAGUAGAUAAAGUAAAUUUUCACAUGUUCGAUGUAGGUGGUCAGAGAGACGAAAGAAGAAAAUGGAUACAGUGUUUCAAUGAUGUGACGGCCAUUAUUUUCGUUGUGGCCUGUAGCAGCUACAACAUGGUCAUAAGAGAAGAUAACAACACCAACAGAUUACGGGAGUCUUUGGACCUUUUCAAAAGCAUCUGGAACAACAGGUGGCUACGGACCAUUUCUAUCAUUUUGUUCUUGAACAAACAAGAUAUGCUGGCUGAAAAAGUUUUGGCAGGGAAGUCUAGAAUUGAAGAUUAUUUUCCCGAAUUUGCACGUUACACUGUACCUGAAGAUGCAACACCAGAUGCAGGAGAAGAUCCCAAAGUUACAAGAGCAAAGUUUUUUAUCCGGGAUGAAUUUUUAAGAAUAAGCACAGCAACUGGAGAUGGAAAGCACUACUGCUACCCCCAUUUUACAUGUGCAGUUGACACAGAAAACAUCCGCAGAGUGUUCAAUGACUGUAGAGACAUCAUUCAGAGAAUGCAUCUUCGCCAGUAUGAACUAUUGUGAUUGAAAACACCCUAGAGCCUGUGGUUUUAAAAUCUUUUUCUUUCUAGACUUCCUCACAUAAAGCAGAGGAAAAUAUUGUAUAGAUACAUCUGCCUCCUCAGUUUGUUUACUUUGAUUACCAUUUCAACCCAGUUCAUACUUUUGGGGACAAUAUGUGUGCUUUAUUUUUUUUUAAUGCCACUUCUUUGUCAUUCCACUAAGGUCUUUGGCUACCUCUUGUUUCCUUACAUUUGGUUGCAUUUUUAAUUUUUUUAUUUGUAAUUGGGCACAACCUGCUAAUAUUUUUUUCCAGCGGGUUUGUUAGUUCAGGCUAGUAUCUGCUAGUUGGGUGACACCUAUAACAUGGGUGGGUUCCUUUUCUACCAUGACACUGAAGAGUACUUGAUAGAUGGGGGAAGUAUAAUGCACUUUGUUUCAGGUUUAUGAAAUACUGUUGAGGAUGUAUACAUGCGAGAUGUAGCAGCAUCACAAUAUUUAUUACACUGUCAGGAUUUUUAACAUAAUUGAGUUGCAGGUCAACUGAUGGAGUGACCUCCUCUUCUAAGCCAUUAUUGGCACAGGAAAUAGAGUAGAUAUUGAGGCACAGGGAAGAGAAGCAAUUUUUCUGCAGGUCUGGAGCUAAGAGUCUAUACACCUCAGGCAUUUGAAUUUAGAGCUACUUUUUCAGCCUAUUGCACCUAAGCAGAAAAUCCACCCUCACAUAUAUUGUUUCUUCUGUCCAGAAACGAUUGAACUAAUUUAGAUCAUUUUUGGACAACAGUCUUCUCCCAGUAUAUAAUAUAUAUAUAUUUUUUGUUUUACUGCUGGUUUAUUAUUAUAUUGUACAGACUGUAAAGUGUAAUAUUAUUUUGUACAAUUUUAUUGAAAAAAAUACUUGUAGAAGAUCUUUGUGCCUUGAUUAUGGCUGUACCUGUAAAAUGAGCUAAGAUGUAAGUAUGUUUUUGAUUGCGCUGUACAGCUUGAUGUCAACUUUACCUUCAGUCAUCACUGGAGGUAAAAAAAAAACCUCUGUAGAGUUUAGGGUUUUUCCUGGUUUAUAUAAAAAGAAAUGCUCUUUAGUAUAAAGAAGUUAUAAAUUAUGCAAAGUUAGAAAUUUAACUUUCCAAGUAAAUUAUUGCUGCCACCAGUAGUUGCAGCAACAUGCCUUUCUCUCAGUCUCAGCUUUAAAACUCUGAAAUUGAUUCAAGUUAUCCAAAUUGCAACCUGGUGUUUUUCAUAGAAAUCAAGGAUCUGGUUUUACUUUGCUUUUCUUUCUUUUCUUUUUAAAGUAUGCUUGGUAAUUCUUUGGUCAUUCAUAGACCUUUCACAAUUGGCUCAGAUUUUGACAUGUGUAAAAGCGCCAUUAGAUAAAGGCUCUUCAGUCUUUGUUGCAACAGCUGCUUUCAUUGUGCAAACUGCAAGAAGAAAAGGUAUAGUCCUUGUGUCUGGCCUAAGAGAAUUACAAGAUGACAUUUUUAUUUCUCUUAAUAAAGAGACCUUAGAAAAUGGUUGUAUUUUAAAUAUUGUA